AUGAAAAGAGAACUUGAACAGCCCAAUAAUGGCAAAACUCAAAGUAAUAAGGAUAAGUCUGCCAAUGAAGAUAAGAAUAUUGCAGAUAACCAUCAGUCUUAUGAAGAGGAAAAAGUAGAUUAAUUAGACCAAAGUGGGGAGAUUAAAAAAAUGAAAUAGUAAUCAAUUCUUGAGAAGUUAAACCUUCCAGCCUGCAUGCUUACCAGAACUCAUCUCUGCAAACAUAAAUUCGGUUGCUAUGAAAACACUCUCAGGGGAUGGUAUCGCAGUUUCGCAAUGGCAUUUUUGGUAAAAUCAUUGUUUACACACCUUCCAAAAAUAGUGAAACCAGUUAAACUCAUCAAAAAAAUUUUGAGUAUCAAAGGCAACACUGAUGCCAUUAAGUUUGCUUUAUUUGCAUCAUGCAUGUGCGCAAUUUACAAGGCUGCCUUAUGUAUUAUGAGAAGAAUUACUGGUGAUGAUAAAAUAAAUGCAGGUGUAGCUGGAUUUUUAUCAGCUUUUGCAAUUCUUCUUGAUGCCAAAUCCAGAAGACUUUUCUUAUCUCUAGAUGUGUUUGUGAACAUGUUGGAGAAGCGUGGCAUUAUCAAAAAGAUCAAUGGAUUUGAGGUAUGGGCUUGGGCAGUCAUGGGAUGCUUUAAUAAAUAUUGCAUGUCGUAUGAGCCUGAAUGUCUAAACAAUGGAUUUAGAAAAUUCUACUUGAAAGCUUCAGCUAUGACUUAAAAUGAUAUAAUAAUGUGUGAUACAUGGGCUAAAUCACUCAUUAAACAAAAGCAAGGAGGUUAAUGA